UUCUUUGAGACCAGAAAAUCGCAGAUGAGAGAGAAAGCUCGUACGUAAGCUUUAGGCUUUUGGUUUGGUUUUAUCUGUCGGCUGUCUGUCUGUCUUGUAGAAGCAAACCUUCUACUUCUCCGAUGCCGUUCGACGGUCUUCCUUUCACAGUAGCAAUCAUGGAUUCACAGAUGGAUACCGAAUUAUCCAAGCAAGAGAGAUCUAGAACUAGAUGGACACCAGCCCUCGAUAAAAUAUUUGCAGAUUUGGUGGUCGAGAAAAUUCAACAGACCAACAGGCCAAACAGCGUUUUCGACAAGAAAGCAUGGACACGCAUUCGCGACGAGUUCAACGCGAGAACCGAUCUCAAUUUCAAUAACAAACAGUUGAGGAAACAUCUGGACGUUCUUCGUGUACGCUAUGACAGCGUGAAAUCUUCGUUAGUCAGGAAUAGCUUUACUAUGGAGGAGGCUUGCUCCGUCGGUUUUGACUUAUGGGAUGAUCUAGGGGCCCAAACAAAACAAGUGACAACAACCAAGAUCAAGGACUGUCCCAUUUAUGAGCAACUAUGUGUCAUAUUUUCAGAUUCUGGUACAGAUGGAAAGUACGCCCAAUCAAGUCAUUUUGAGGAAUUGGAAGUUCUUGCUAAUGGAGACUCUGGUCAAGAAAAUGGAACUCCGAUUCCGAAGAAUCCUCAUGAGGCGGGUAAGCCUUGUUCUGUUCAAAGUAUCGUGAAGAUAAUAAAUGAUCGUAAAAGGAAACAUUCGUCGGAGAACGGUUACUCCUCUGAGCAGAUAAGAAAGGACGAAGAGAAUCGCGACUCGAUGGCUAAGGCUAUGAUGGAGAUGGUUUCUGCAUCAAAAUCUUUGGCGGGUGCGAAGGCUAACAAACGUGAAAAUAGAUUCACGAUAACCAACUGCGUGAAAUCAUUGGAUGAGAUGGAUGGAGUUGAUCUUCCUCUUUACUAUUCUGCUCUGAAUCUGUUUGAGGACUCUAAUCUUAGAGAGUCAUUUCUUUCUCUCAAUGGAAACCAGAUGAGGUUAAGUUGGCUUCGUGGUAAGUUCUAUUCACUUUACCUAUGAACUUGUUGUGGAAAUGGUGAAUUAUUGAAUUGGUGAUAACAGUUAUAGCCUAUAUACUUAUUUUUUUUGGACAAGAAGUGUGUUGGUUUUCUUUUUAAGUUAUAUUUGCUAUACUGUGAACAGUUGGAUAUGAUUGUUGGGUUUUUUUUAGGUCAGAUUCACUUGUAUCUGUCUUCUUAAAAACCGCUAUAUGAAAAUUAUUGUUUACCCAAGGUUUUUGGU